UUUUACUUUGAGCUAUACCGAAUAUUAAAUAAACAAAAUUUCCCAUGCUUUCGUUUUCUUUCCUCUAGUUUUCUUUUUCUAUCAAUAGAUAAAAAUGUUUCGAAGUAUAAUAAUUCUCAUUACAAUCUUCGUAAUCAUUAUAGCAGUUUCUUAUAAUUGGCUAUAUGAAUUUUAUACUGUUCUUGGAUAUAAUAGACCAAAUAUUAAACCUUAUGAAAAUGGAAAAUGCAGAAUAAUCAGAGGUGUUGAAGCUUGUGAAGAUAUUCAUAUUCAUCAUCGUACUGGGUAUGCUUUUAUGACUUGCGGAAACGAAAUUAAAAGAACUAAAGGUUAUUGGCCGCCACUUAGUACUUAUAAUUCCAAUAUUCAGACAAAAGAUACGCCUUAUAUUUACGAUAUCAAUAAUGAUAAACUCAUUCCACUUGUCUUGAAAAAUUUUCCUCUUGAAGAAGAUUUUGCAACUCAUGGAUUAGGAAUUUAUGAAGAUCCUGAAAAUGAAAAUAAAUUAUAUUUAUUUUUCGUAAAUCAUAAAAGAUCUGGAAGUUGUUUUGAAAUAUUUGAACAUACUUUACAUACAAAUGAAUUAAUUCAUUUAGAAACAAUUCAACAUAAAUUAAUAAAUACUCCAAAUGAUGUUGUUCCAGUUUCAAGACACGAAUUUUAUUUUACUAAUGAUCAUUAUAAUAACAAUCCUACAUAUAAACAUUUAGAACAUAUUUUGCCUCUUUCAUGGGCAAAUGUAGUAUUCCAUUCAUCAAUCACGAAUGAAACUAAAAUCGUUGCUGAAAUGCGGCUUCCUAAUGGAAUUACUUCGAAUUUGGAUAAUUCUCUUAUCUAUGUUGCCACAACAUUUGGUUAUGUUUUAGUAUAUGAAAGAAACAAGUAUAAUAACGAACUUGAAUUAAAGGAUAAAAUAUUCACAGGAUAUGCUACCGAUAAUCUUAGUGUUGAUGAAGAAACUGGUGAAAUUUAUUGUGCUAUCUUUCCAAAACCAUACAUGGUUGUAGCAGCUCAUGGCAAGGAACUAGGAUAUGCUCCUUUUGUACCGACUGGAAUAUUAAAAAUUAGUAAUAAUACUGAAAGGGAUAAUGAAAAAUACUCUCUUAAACCUAUUUUUGAAGAUGAUGGAUCUUUAUUUCAAUUAACAACGAUAGCCGCUGUAGAUAGAAAAAGAAACACUUUACUCCUUGGUUCUUUUCGUUCUAAAGGUAUUGUAAGAUGUAAUAGUUUAGAACCAUUAAUUUAAA